AUGUUGUCACAAAAUCCCGAGGAAAGGGAGUCUACUGCCGCCGAGGCAGUAGCACCUAGACACCAUAUGUCUGCGGAUGAGGUCGCAGUCAAUGCGUUGAUGGAUGUUCUCCAAGCAUCCCCCGAGUUCCAAAUGGGACACGACUUCGGCGAAUACCUGACGUCGCCAAUGGAUGACUCACCUUUUGACGAGUUUCUCACAACGCCCGAUGUGGGUAGCUCCGACAUUGCGUUUGAUCUCCUCACGAGUCCCGCUAUUGUCGACGAUGCGGAUGACUUCGACGUCGGCUCCGGCUCUCUAUUCGGCGGCGAUACCGGGCUAGGCUUGAACGUUGCCUCCCUGACUGCUUUUAAGAAUGCCACCACCGUUUCGUCAGCAUCUUCAGCAUCUAUCAAUCCUCUCCUGAAUCUCGAUGGCAUGUACACGAUGCCUUCGCCGUCAACACCCGCUCUCGAUCCAUCAUCACUCCACCCUUCGCCCAGAGUUCAGGCUCUUUCCGCGACGUCGACCCCUGCUCCUGGUCGUCGGAAGAACGGGCCUACGGGUACUCGGAAGAAUAUCAUGCCCGAGUUGCUGGUGCCUAUCGACGCUCCCAUUCAAUCACGCAAGUACGUUACACCGUCGGCUACCUCCCGAAAGGAAGUCCCCGCCGUCUUUGCGAAGAAGCGUUCACUCUCGCAGGCGUUCGGCGAUGACGAGGAGGUCUUGCUCGCGCCGUCGGACAUGGAUGCCAUCGAGGCCAAGCGUCGUCAAAAUACUCUGGCUGCGCGGCGCAGUCGCAAGCGCAAGCUGGAGUACCAGCGGGAGUUGGAGAUGGGCAUGGAGCAGGAGAGAGAGGAGAAGGAGAUGUGGAAGGCGCGAGCGCAGAUGUUCGAAGCGCUGCUUCGCAGCCACGGUCUGGACAUCCCCAAGUUCGAGCAAUGA